AGAAGAAAAAACACCAGUCUUCCAGAGUGAGAAAGGGAAGAAAAAUAAAAUCCUAGAGAGAGAAAACACACCACCGUCCACGGCGGCCGGAAUCCUCACCCCCUCAUUUUCCGGCGAUAAAAAACACUUCAAGUUCUCACCUUACAUUCUCUUUGGCGGUUUUCCUCUACUCACCGUUAGCAGUUACUUUUCAUUUUGUUGAAAAAAAAAGUAAUUUAAUUUAACUUUAUUAUUUAUGUUCCGUAAAAUGCGGUCAGUUUGUUAGAAAUUGUGGUUACAUGUUUUAAAUCUUGUGAAAUGAGAAAAGUGUGUUUGUUUUUAUUUUUACUGGUGGUUAAUUUAGUUGGUAAUACUGUAAAUUCUUUAAAUCCAACAUUGGAUGAUGACGUAUUAGGGCUAAUAGUAUUCAAAGCAGACUUACAAGAUCCAGAUGGUAAAUUGUUAAGUACUUGGAAUGAAGAUGAUGAUAGUCCAUGUAAAUGGACAGGUGUUAAAUGUAACCCUAGAUCCAAUAGGGUGUCUGAGCUUAUUCUUGAUGGGUUUGGGCUUUCGGGUAAAAUGGGCCGAGGCCUUAUGCAGUUAAAAUUUUUAACUAAGUUAUCUUUGGCUAGAAACAAUCUUACUGGAAAUAUUGGUCUUAAUCUUGCUCAACUUACUAAUCUUAGAGUGAUUGACUUGAGUGAAAAUAGUUUCUCUGGAACGAUUUCGGAUAAGUUUUUCGACCAAUGUGGGUCUUUGAGGUCAAUAUCUUUAGCUAAGAAUAAGUUUUCGGGUAAGAUUCCGGAUAGUUUGGUUUCUUGUUCUGGCCUUGCUGUGUUUAAUGUUUCGGGUAAUCAGUUUACUGGGAUGCUGCCUUCGGGUGUUUGGUCGUUGAAUGGACUUAGGUCGCUUGAUGUUUCGGAUAAUCUUUUAGAAGGUGAGAUUCCUAAGGAUAUUGGUGGGUUGUUUAACUUGAGGGAAAUUAAGUUGAGGAAGAAUCAGUUUACUGGUUCUGUUCCUGACGAAAUUGGAGCUUGUGCUUUGUUGAGGUCGAUUGAUUUUAGUGAGAAUUCAUUUUCAGGGAGUUUGCCAAGCACAUUGCAGAAACUUUCUUUGUGUAGUGAGAUUAAUUUUGGUAGUAAUUUGUUUACUGGUGAGGUUAGUGAAUGGAUACAGGAAAUGAAAAGUCUUCAGACUGUUGAUCUUUCUAACAACGUGUUUUCUGGUGCUGUGCCGGAUGCUAUUGGUGAGAUUCAGUCGUUGAAAGUACUGAAUAUUUCUAACAAUGGCUUCUCUGGUAGCUUGCCAGCAUCGUUGGUCAACUGUAAAAACAUUCAAAUCUUGGAUGUGAGUCGGAAUUCGUUGACAGGGUUUCUUCCUACCUGGGUGUUCCAAUUAGGGGUGCAAAGCAUUUUGUUAUCGGGUAAUAGGCUGACUGGGAGCAUCUUUGGUGCUGUUUCUUCAUCUGGUGCAGUUUCACACCAGAAUCUUCAAGUUCUUGAUAUCUCUCAUAAUGAAUUGUCUGGUGAAAUCCCAUCUGAUAUUGGUAAAUUUAGUGGCUUGGUAUUGCUAAAUGUCUCUAAGAAUUCACUGAUAGGUGAAAUUCCAGAAACUAUUGGCAAGUUAAAGGCUUUGAAUAUUCUUGAUUUAAGUGAAAACCAGUUAAAUGGAAGCAUUCCUAUGGAAAUAGGAGGAGCGGCUUCUUUGAAGGGUCUGAUACUAUCACGAAACUCCCUUGAUGGCAGCAUUCCAAGUUCAAUUGGAACCUGUUCUUCUCUAACUUCACUAAUAUUGUCGCGAAACUACCUCACCGGGCAAAUUCCUGCUGCAAUGGCAAAACUUGCUGCUCUUGAGUAUGUAGAUUUGUCAUUUAACAAGCUCACUGGAACCUUACCUAAGCCAUUAGGAAAUCUUGUGCAUCUUGUGUCAUUCAAUAUUUCACACAAUCAACUACAAGGUGAAUUACCAGCAGGUGCUUUCUUCAACACCAUAUCUCCGACAGCUGUAACAGGCAACCCGACUCUUUGUGGUGCCGCGGUUAACAAAAGCUGCCCUGCUGUGCUUCCCAAACCAAUUGUACUGAAUCCCAACUCAACCGGGUCAGACCCCGAGUCAAUCCCUACAACUCUUGGACACAAGAAAAUACUUCUUAGCAUUUCAGCUCUCAUUGCUAUUGGUGCAGCUGCAGUGAUUGUCAUUGGUAUAAUAUUUAUCACAGUACUCAAUCUUCGUGUCCGUUCUACCAUGUCCCGGUCAGCAGCUGCUGUUCCUUUAUCGGGCGGUGACUUUAGCAGUUCCCCCACCACAGACUCAAAUUCAGGCAAGCUGGUUAUGUUUUCUGGUGAACCUGACUUCAGCACAGGGGCACAUGCUUUAUUAAACAAGGAUUGUGAGCUUGGGCGUGGUGGGUUUGGAGCAGUAUACCGAACUGUUCUUGGAGAUGGUCGAUCAGUGGCCAUUAAGAAGCUUACAGUCUCGAGUCUCGUCAAGUCUCAAGAUGAUUUUGAAAGGGAGGUUAAGAAAUUGGGAAAGAUUCAUCACCCGAAUCUUGUCGCUCUUGAAGGGUAUUAUUGGACUCCAUCACUGCAGCUUUUAAUAUAUGAGUAUGUAUCUGGUGGGAAUCUGUACAAGCAUCUUCAUGAAGGAGAAGAUGCAGAUGGAAACAGAAGUUCCCUCACAUGGAACGAAAGAUUCAAUAUCAUUCUUGGGAUCGCUAAAAGCUUAGCUCACUUGCAUCAGCUUAACGUCAUACAUUACAAUCUGAAAUCUAGCAAUGUCCUGAUUGAUGGUUUGGGUGAGCCCAAAGUAGCAGACUUUGGUCUGGCGAGACUAUUACCAAUGCUAGAUCGUUAUGUUUUAAGUAGCAAAAUUCAAAGUGCCCUCGGCUACAUGGCACCAGAAUUUGCUUGCAAAACAGUGAAGAUCACUGAGAAAUGUGAUAUUUAUGGGUUUGGGGUUUUGGUUCUUGAAAUUGUAACUGGGAGGAGGCCGGUGGAGUACAUGGAGGAUGAUGUAGUGAUACUUUGUGACAUGGUUCGUGGGGCGCUGGAAGAAGGAAGGGUGGAUGAAUGCAUUGAUGAAAGGCUUCAAGGGAAGUUCCCUGCUGAGGAAGCAAUCCCGGUGAUGAAACUAGGGCUGAUUUGCACGUCACAAGUGCCUUCAAACCGGCCUGACAUGGCGGAGGUGAUUAACAUAUUGGGGCUUAUCAAAUGCCCAUCAGAAAGUCAGGAGGAAUCAGGAUAAAUAGCGCCAUUAUGCAACCUUUAGUUAUGGAAAAUGAUGAUCAGUGAUUGGUUAUCCGGCGAAGAUGAAUCCGGUUAGUAUUACAUUUUUACGCAGAGAGAAGAUUCUUUUGCUCAUGUUUAGCUUUGUUGUUUUUUUCCCCGAUUAGUGCUCUCUGUUAGCGUUACAUUACCGGAUUUGUAUUCUCCGGGUCCAGUUAUAGACCAUUUGGGACGGAUCGGAGGUGACUUAUUUGCUGAAUUCAUAUCUUUAUCCCAUUUGUUGUUAUUGUUAUAGCCCUCUUUAACAGUCUUUUAACCUGAAAUGUAUGUAUUCCUUCCCUUGGAAGUUUAAGUA